GGACAUGCAGUCCAAGUCACUUUAAGAGGGGACACCCUGAGCACAAUCACAAUUCCGGAGACGAUCCCAGUACACAAUGGCAAGGUGUCGAUACGUGGAAACUACGAUCACCAGAAUGUCAAGACGAAAGUCACAUGCGAACAUGGAAAGAUUGUGCGUCUUAAAGCGAUCUGUGGGAAACAAAAAACUAAAUAUGCCGCCUGUCGAUCAAAGUGGACGUUCUCUGACAUUGAGAUAGGUGCUUUGCCUAAGUUGAUGGCAUCUUGUUCUAAAGGACUGAGAGACAUAACGCGCGCCCUCAAAAACAAAUUCCGCGUGCUUUGGAUGCGUGCAGAAGAAGGAAGCUUAGUUUUGGAGUUCGGACAUGAUACCAAACAAGAUGCUCAGGAAAUGGUCUCCAAUAGGGUUGAAGUGAUCCAUCUGCUUAAGAAGCUGCUUGGAAAUUACAAUAUUCAUGAUGCAUUCAUUGUGGAUAAUGUUGAGGUCAUGGACGAAUGUGAUGAUGUCACUGAAUUGCCAAGUACUUCCACAGACCAAGGAUGGAAAAGGCACACGGGACAUCAUCAUGCCACUUCACAAAGUGACUCGGGGACUUACUCAGUGUCAUCUGGAGGAGCACAUGCUCAAGCAGAUCAUCAAGUGGAUCCUGAUCCAGUGUUGGGGGAACUGUUAACAGAUGAAGAGGUUCGUGGUGAGUGUGGGAAGGAUAUUACACAUUCUUUACGAGCCAACAUCAUCUCAGACAAGCACCCAGUCGAGGUUGCGAUGCUUGCCGGGGCAUGAGUGAACGCAAGUAUUCAAUUCAAAAUCAUGUUGUAAUCCACAUUGAUGUGGUAAUGAUGUUUGAAAGGAAAAAGAUGGCUCGUCAUCAAACAGAUAUAAGUGAGUACAGACGAGAAAAAAGAAGUGAAAUGUCAAAGAAGGCCUCUGCUUUGAGAAACUCUGGAGGAGGAGCUAUAUUCUGCCACCUCAGUGGGAAAAACAAAAUCAACAAAUGCCUCGGACAAUUCGAUGACAUGUUCUCAAAUUCUCAGAUCUUUUGCCUUGGUGAAGCGGAAAUCUAUUCUCAUGAAAUACAACGAGAGUGGUUUAAGGAUACUGACUUUCUUGUCAUUACAGUAUCUCAGUGUAUCUCAACGAGGGUAUCUACAGCGAGUGUAGACAGUUACACUUCCACCCACAGAUCUCUCGCUGCUGCUUCUCUUGCCCAGAUAAAAACAUUACUGUUCGGUAAACCCGGUGUAGGUCACAGACCCCCGGUUGUCAGAGGAUUGGAGAAUCUUCAGACAGGAGUAGAUAUUAAGCUGAGAAGUUUAAGACCCAAAGAACAGCUCACAAUCAAAGCCAAUAUUUCUGAAUCUUUGUACAAUUAUGGUUCACAUAAGUAUAUUUCAGCAUUUUCCAAAAACCCAUCUGGUGGGUCUUUAUAUAUUGGAGUUCUUGACGAUGAAAUCUGCCCAAUCAUGGAGGGUGUUCACAUUACGUCUAAGGAUCACAAAGCCUUUACAGAAGCGCUGAGUCACUUUGUUCGACUAAACCUGAUGAUCAUACCAAACAUUCACACUCACGAAUCAUAUGACCUGGCAGACCUUGUGGAUGUUACUUUUCAUCAAGUCAGUAAAGACAAAAGCGUGAUUGAAUUCUCAGUCAGGCCAGUAAAUGGAUGUGUGUUCACAAAUACAAGUGGACCGUCUGCUUACAAAAUAGAUGAAGGUUGUGUGCGUAGGAUGACAUGUCAGGAAUGGAUGCAGAAGAUUCAGCCUGCAGAGUAGAGACCAAAUGAUGAAGGUGCAUGAUGGGGGAAUGUCAUAAAGGAAAUCAGCAAGGUCUAUAGUAUAAUGUUCAUGGAGAAGUAUUUGAGAAAGUUUUGUGUGGACGAAACUGAACUGUUAACGGGACUUGGGGUCUUGUGAAGACAGGAAACACAGGAAACACCCUGGUGGGUUUCUAUACUGGUUUUGUCGUCCAUAAACAUUCUCGUUUAAACUCUGGAUGCCAACAAUGCAUGGUCCUAUCAACGUUCAAAGUCCAUUCACUGUGGUUUGAACGUACCGUUACAAAAUUUGUGUGUCAUUGGGAAAAAAAUAAGCAACAAACCAUUAGCCUCACUGAUUAUAUCAUUUCUAAUUAAGUAUUGAUUCAUUAGCUCAUAAGCAAGGAAAUAUGUGUUCUGAAAUAUUUUAAUGGGGAACAUGUACACCGACAGCACCUUGAGACUAAAGUAUUCAUCUUAAAUGCAAGUGUAAGAACUUCAUGGAAAGGUCAUGGCCCCUGUGACAGGUUGCAUUUUGCAUAUUUGUACACUGUAUUGUAUAUUUUUAUAAUCGCAAUACAGAUCAGUACAACUGUGGUUUCAUGCAACCAAACGUUGCAUGGGCCUAUGGCCUUUUCCCUGAAUACACAGCUGUCUGUCUGUAUAAUUGUGGUUUGAGUUAUAUAUGGACGUAUUAUUUAUAUUGAAUUGUGUAUCCUUAUUUGUUGUUAUUUGUCUCAAAUGAGCUUCACGAUCACUUAAGUAUUUUGUCAGAAAUUAUUAGUCAGAGCUGUAUGCCAGUAGUUAACUGGCUGGCUGGCUGUUUGAAUCUGGGCGGUGGGGUAGCUUUGUUGUUAACGCAUUCGCUCUGCACGCCAGAGUACUGGGUUCGAUUCCCAGCAUAGGAUGAUGUGUGAGGCCCAUUUCGCAUAUCCUCAGCCGUGAUAUUGUUGGUAUAGGGCUGAAGGUUGGGUAAAACCACAUCCUCCACAUUAUCGCUCUGCUAGUGUAGGGUUUAUUCAUCUAGGCAAGCUGUAUAACACUACUCUGGUAGCAUUCCGCUUUAAAUGUAAAUGUGAGAUGAUUGAUGAUGAUGAUGAGGAUAAUAUCAUUCCGGUUUUAAAUGUAAAUGUGAGAUGAUUGGGUUGUUGAAUAUAAUAGGAUAGUGUUCGUGUC